AUGAUUAUGAAGAAAUUUAGAGCGAUCAGGGAGGGUAUCAAAAAAUGGAAAAAGUCGGUUUUAGCUAAGGAGGGAGAUACGGAAAGGGGCUUAAAGGAGGAUUUGGAAAAAGUAGAUGAGUUGUCUGAAAUUAAUGAGGAGGAAUGGAUAAAAACGGAAUGCCUAAAAGAUGUUAAGGAGUUGGAAGGAUAUAGAAUCAAGGAUAUCAAACAAAGAGCUAGGAUUAAGUGGGAUUUGGAAGGAGAUGAAAGUUUGGCAUUUUUCCAUGGGUACAUUAAUAGUAGACGGGCUUGUAAUAAUAUUCCCGGACUUAUGAUAGAUGGGGUGUGGACUACUAGACCUUCCAUGGUUAAAAAGGAGAUUAUGGGAUUUUAUAUGAAUACUUUCAAAGAAAAAAUCAAGGACAAACCUAAACUCACUUGCUACAACUUAAAGAGACUAGCGAGCGAGGAGGCGGCUUCCCUUAUUAUUCAUUUUAGUAGCGAAGAGAUCAAGAGCGUAGUGUUCGAGUGUGGGGCGGACAAAUCUCCUGGGUCAGGCGGUUUUAAUUUCAAAUUCAUUUAA